AAGCAGCCAAUCAUAAGCGGGUCUAACGGGGAGGGCAACUCAGCAUGGGGGCAAACUGCACCAUAUGAAGCAAUCAACCAGCUUUUGAAAAGGCGUUAUAGAAUAGAACUGUUUCCCCCGGAUCAGCUGGAAGCGGAGAGGCACAAGUUGUCAGGCCGACCACCACCAGGACGGAACCACAAAUCCGACAAGGAAGAAGCCCCUCCUCCCCUUAGCGACCCGCGCGGCGGCUGUCUAGCCUGCGAGCUGCAGUCGAGCCCUCUGCCUCACCGACUCCGAUCCAGUCGUCCGAUUUAGCGGUGACCUGGUUGGUGAAGCUAGAUAAGGGCAGCUGCUGCCUCUCAAAAAUUCUGUCUGGCUCCUGUCAUGGCAUCCUUUGUGAUCAGCCGUCAUCUUGCGCUGUCCCUCCACAAAAACCUACACCUCAGUGUUACAGGAUGCCGUUAUGCAAGCAAAGCGGCCCCCAAAGCCCAAGUGGACUUUGAUUAUGAUGGACCCUCCAUGAAAACCGAAGUCCCUGGGCCGCGAUCACAGGAGCUGACAAAACAACUGGGAGAAAUUCAGAAUGUUGGCGCCGUCAACUUUUUCUGCAACUACGAGGAGAGUAGGGGGAAUUACCUGGUGGACGUGGAUGGCAACCGGAUGCUGGACAUCUAUACUCAAAUCUCGUCUAUACCUAUCGGAUACAACCACCCUGCUCUCCUCAAGCUAAUGUCCAACCCCAACAAUCUAAGUACAAUUGUGAACAGACCCGCCCUCGGAAUCUUACCUCCAGAGAAUUUCCCUGACAAAAUCACAGAAAGUCUUCUUUCAGUGGCUCCCAGUGGAAUGAGUCGUGUCCAGACAAUGGCCUGUGGCUCAUGCUCCAAUGAGAAUGCUUACAAGGCCAUGUUUAUCUGGUAUAGGAAUAAAGAACGAGGCCACAACUCACCAACAGAGGAAGACAUCAAAUCCUGCAUGAUAAACCAGGGUCCGGGUUGUCCAGACUUCAGUAUUUUAUCUUUCAUGGGCGGUUUCCAUGGUAGAACUAUGGGUUGCUUGACGACGACACACUCUAAAGCAAUACAUAAACUGGAUGUGCCCGCUUUUGAUUGGCCGAUUGCCCCAUUUCCAAAACUGCAGUAUCCAUUGGAGGAGUUCGUCAGAGAGAAUGCGCAGGAGGAGGCUCGCUGUUUGGAAGAAGUGGAGGACCUGAUUGUGAAGUGGCGACAAAAGGGUAAGCCCGUUGCUGGGAUUGUUAUUGAACCUAUCCAAGCCGAGGGAGGAGAUAAUCACGCCUCAGUGGAUUUCUUCAGAAGUCUCCGCAAAAUUGCAAACAAGCAUGGCUGUGCAUUCCACGUGGAUGAAGUUCAAACUGGAGGAGGGUGUACAGGAAAGUUCUGGGCCCAUGAGCACUGGGGUAUGGACGACCCGGCGGAUAUUGUCUCCUUCAGCAAGAAGCUUCUGACGGGCGGCUACUAUCACAAGCUUGAAUUACAGGCCGAUAAGGCUUACCGCAUUUUCAACACAUGGAUGGGUGACCCUUCAAAGAAUGUGUUACUGGCCGAGGUGCUCAAUGUGAUUCGCAGAGAAAACCUCCUCGAGGAGGUGAAUCGUUCAGGAAAAGCCUUGAUGAAUGGCCUGUAUGAACUACAGGCUCAGUAUCCUGGCAUCCUGAGUCGAGCUCGAGGACAGGGAACAUUCUGUGCAGUUGAUAUCUGCGAUGAUACAACACGCAAUGACAUCCUUCUGAAGGCCCGGAACAAGGGUAUCCUCCUGGGAGGUUGUGGGGAUCGCUCCAUCCGUUUCCGCCCAUCACUGGUCUUCAAGGAGUACCACGUGCACAUUUUUCUCAACAUCUUCAAUGACGUGUUGGCUCAGCUCAAAUGAAAGGCAAAACAAGGACUUUCCUUAACACUAUCUGGAAUAGAGGGGGGUCCAUGACCAGAUAAGCACAAACCACAGAAAUGGAAAAGACCUUUGAAUGAACGAGGAUCAGUUGAGAUUACCCAAACCAUAACAAGAAUAAUGUCACCGUACAAGUGAUGUCAUUAGGAUGUAAAUUAAUACUUUCACGCACAAAUUAAUAUAUUUUUUCUUUUUUUUUAUUACAUAUAUUUAAUUUUUUUUAUUACAUCCAUAUAGAACAAGGGUCUCAAAAAUGGAGCCCAGAGGCCAACUGCAGUCGGCAGGUGAAAAUUUUGUAGCCCCCAUUUGACAUCCAAUAUCAGUAUUAGUGUUGGAUGCGUGUAUUUAGCGAUUGGCAAUUUAAAAAAAUAGAUUAACAGUUUUAAAGAAAUUGAGAUAAUUAAUUAAAGGAUCCAUUUUAUUUAAAUUGGAGGUCAGACAAUUUAUUUAGCUGUAUUUGGAGUUCUUUUCAAGGUCGGUUAUCGGGCGAUAUAAAGCCCAAAUAAUUGUAUAACUGUUAUCUUCACUGUUUGGGUGACGAGUUUUGGAUAUUGUGAUUUUGCACCAUCUAGUGGCCAGUGUUACAAAAGGAAAAAGCAGAAGAAUAACAUCAGAAUUUACCAUCUAAGAUAUAGAUUUGUAUAAUGAGCCUUUCAUAAUCAAUGUGCGUUUAAAAAAACAUAUAUCGGCUUUGGACAUCCCUCUCCUUGUAACCAUCAAUAGGCCUUUCUCCAAACAUGCGUCUUUCACCAGCUUUUACCAACAAACUGAUGCGUCGUCUGUUUUAACGUGCAUCUGUUACACAGUAUUCUUAUCAAUGAAUGUGUAGUGGAAUCUGAUAUCAUUUCACAUGGAAAUUGAGUAAAGCAUGUUAUUUUUGCCAUAAAUAUCAAUACUAGGGUGAUCUGUCCGUGUCCCUGACAUUUUAGCAAACAGUGCAUUCAUUUUUUUGACACAAAUUGUGAAGUUGUGUUAUUCCUCUUGUGUAAAAUUACAUCCUCGUUCAGGCAAGGACAGCGCAAAACAAGGUCUUUUGUGACCAACCAACUUAAAAGUGCAAGACUGUUACUAAUAAAUUAAUUAAAUGUAAAUUAUGACUUAUUGGUCAGAGCAAGGUACUGUAUGCAUUUCCUUUUAGUUCAUUUAUGGUGAUCCUUUGUCCCAUCAUCACCUAUCACUAAAAUGACCACAAAUGCUUAUUUGAGAAGGCCGACAGACAUCUUUGGUCUAGGAUUCAGUGUUAGUGAUGAGUACAAUGCCAGUCUGCAUGUAAGUGUCCCAUUUAAAAUGUCCUCGUAAUGGUUCUGCCUGUUGUCUUGCUAUGACUAUAGGAAUGACUCCGCUUGAAACGUAGCUUGCACAAACGCCAACCUUAAAUUGACCAUAAAAAUGUCUGCGUAGUGCCUGCAUGAUACUCGGCAUUUUUUAUUUUAAAGUUACUUUUUCUACUCAUGCAAAUAUUGCUACCCUUCUAUAAACUUCCUUUUGACAUAUUUUUACCAAUAAUAGACCAGACUGAAUUUGUGUUUACUUUGAAAACAAACAUGUUGAAGUAAUAAAGUAUUUUAAAAAAAGAAAAGAACAAGAUACCAUAAAUGUAGCUCACUAGCUACAGUUAAUAUGGAAUCCCAUAACAAUGUGAUAAUUUUUGAACAUGAACCUUGACAGAUAGUGAUGUUUGCUCGUUGUAAUCAUGGGCUCUUGCUAUGCUUGAAGAUUUUACCGGUGUAAAUUCAAAACAAAUAACUCAAGUUAUUCUUACUUGUGAUUUUUACAAAGAUGUAGCACAUGUCUAACAGCUUUAUAACACAUACAUAAAUGUUUUUGUCAUUUCGGAAGAUGCAGGAGGAAAUACGUUUCAAGGAUUAGUUGCCAUUGAUGACGAAAGACAACCAUUUCAUUUCCCUUAGUUCAAAUGGAGUGGACGUGUUAUCGUCAAUGGCAGUGAACGAGUUAAAACAGGGGAGUCCAAACUUUCUCUGAGGGCCAACUUGAAAUCUUUCCACUUGCAUAUGUUAAAUAGAGGAUCAGAAUCGAGCAAAAAAAAAAAAAAAGUUGUUAUUUGGUUGGAAUUUCAGUAUUAACUCGUUGGCUUUAUGGAGAGGCACUGUUUAAGUGACUAGC